AAUGACUAGGCGCCACAAAGCUUUCUUAUUGAUUCAGAUCUGCUGUUUUAUUGCUGUUAUUGUUACCGCUUCGUUAGCUAUUGAUGCUUUAAGAACAACUCGAUCAGAUUUGGUAAUCAAGAUUUUCUCUUUUACAAAAGUGGAAAUCAAUUAUGAUAAAUUAACUUUGUUGAACUUUGCACUAAUAUUUAACAUUAUUGGCAGUUUUGCCAUGAACCUUUUAUCCCUUUUUGGUAUUCACUUUGCGAAUAGGAACAAGGUUAGAGCUUUGGAAGCUUAUAUUAUUUGUCAAAACGUUGUAUUCAUUCUACAUAGCACAUCUAUCAUACUCGCUUCACUAUAUCAUGCCAAUAUUUCUGAAGGAUUGGGUGUUGCCAUGCAUUCCAGAAUGGGUACUUAUUACCGUAAUAAAUCGAUGAUAUUGAAGAAUAGGUUAAGCUGGGCUCGUGAUGAGGUUUCACAGGCCUGGGAUAUAGCUCAUUUACGGUAUCAGUGCUGCGGUUUGAGAAUAUCAUCUAGUAACCCUAGAACUAAUCCUAUGGCGUUCUAUAUCUGCAGAAGCGCAUGGGGAAAAAGCACAACUGAUAAAAACGAAUCAUUUAUUCCAAAAUUUCCACCGAGCUGUUGUAAAGCUAAAAAUGGAGGAGCCUAUCCAAAGAUAAAAGAUUCUUUUAAGUUAGAAAUCGAAGCUGUAAAUGAUUGGAAAAGUUGUCUGCUUGUAGAUUAUGAAGAUAAUAAUAAUAUUAAUAAAGACUCUUGCUAUAAACCAAUAGCCAAUUUAUUAGAAACCUAUACAAAGAUGGCGUUAGGUUGUUCAGUUAUAAAUUCUAGUUUACAGAUUAUUAAUCAGAUUACGUUGAGAGAAAUUGACUUUCUAAACGGUGAUGAAAAUGUUGUUGGGAUAGAGUAUUUACCUGAUCAACAAAGUCUUUGUGCUGCUACGAAUAAAGGACAUCUAUUUCUAUGGAGAGUAGUGGAGAGAGACUUCGAGCAAGUUGGUGCUGUAGAAAGUGGCUUCGAGACGAUGGAAUGGAGUCCAGAUCAAGAAUUAAUAGCAUUAGUUACUGGGGAUUUGACUUUAAUUUUGAUGACUCGCGAUUUCGAGGUACUUAGCGAGCAAAUUAUUAAUAGUGAAUCUGAAGGUGAAGGGCAGUUGAUAACUGUUGGUUGGGGUAAAAAAGCCACACAAUUUCAUGGCUCUGAGGGAAAACAAGCUGCAACCGCAAAAUUAGAACUUGAGGGUGGACUGAGAUCCACAGAUAACUCUACUAGUCAAAUAAGUUGGAAAGCUAAUGGUGAAAUGUUCGCUCUAUCAUGUUUUAAUAAAGAAUUAAACAGACGCCAAAUUCGAAUUUGGAGUAGAGAGGGUCAACUAUUUUCAUGUAAUGAACACGUAGGACCAAUUGAGCAGGCUCUUAGCUAUAAACCAUCGGGAAAUUUAGUCGCAACCUCUUUACACUAUCGUGGAAAACAUGAAGUUAUAUUUAUAGAAAAAAAUGGCUUACAGCACGGAUCGUUUACGAUAUUUGGUGAUAAAGAUGAUUAUAUAAAGCAAAUGAGCUGGAAUGUUGAUUCGACUGUUUUAGCGUUGGUUGUAUCUAAUUCGAAUGGCAAUGAACGAGUUUAUUUGUACACUAGUAGUAAUUAUCACUGGUGCCUUAAACAAGUCAUUAAUAAACCAGUUACUAAAUUGAUAUGGGAUCCUGAAGAUGCUAUGAUUCUUCAUAUUGUAACAUCUAAUGGCGAUUAUGUGCGAUAUAUUUGGCGUUGGAUAAUCUCCUCAAGCGUUAACGGCACUUGUGCAGUUAUUGAUGGUGAUUUGUUAAAAGUUACUAACUUUCAGGAUGCCAUCAUCCCUCCACCUAUGUGUUCCUUUAUUAUUAAGAUGGAGAAUCCUGUUUCAAUGGUUUGCUUUGGAGAUGAUGACGAAUUACUUGCUGUUGACUGCUGGGGAAAAGUUAUUAUUCAUUCGAUUAAAGGUAGCAAUAAAAAUGAAAUUUUUAAACAAACGUCAAAGUUGUCACUAGACCAAGGAAAGUCUGAAAAAUUAACAAAGUAUUGUUCAAAACUCGUCCAGUUGUUGAACAAUCUAGGUACUGUUUGUCAUAUCACGUUUCAUAGACAUACAAUCGUAUGUGUAUCGUGUAAAUAUGGAGAGCGGCUCCUAAAUAAAAUAGAAAUAAGAGACGAUUUUGCUGAAACUAUCAGCUCAAAAAGUCUGGACCAUGAUGUUGUAUGUUUAGCGUCUCUGAACAGCUUUGUAGCUUUACAAAAAAAUGACGGAACUGUUUGGAAAAUAGAUAAUGAUAACUUAUUAGAACCUAUGAAAGAUGAAAACGGUUUGAACAUACAAUUUUCUGAUGUCUGUCAACAGAUGUCACUAUGCAAAUUCAAGAACGCUGAGAUACUAUUGAUUGGAUUAAGUAAAAGACAUAAAUUAUUUGUGAACAAUCAACAACUGAGCGAUUGUUGCACUUCUUUCACCGUCAAUCAAAAUUUUGUCGUUUUUACAACCCAUCAGCAUGUUAUGAAAUUUAUUGAUGGCGAAACGACUAAAGUAAUGGAUAUGGAGAGGCGCUUAGAAAGGGGGAGUUCAGCCAUUAUAUCACCUUCUGAUACAUCUGUAGUUUUACAGAUGCCUAGAGGAAAUUUAGAAUGCAUUCACCCUCGUCCCCUUUUUCUAACUUCCGUUCGUGGGCUAUUAAACAGGACUGAAUACUUUAAAGCCAUAACGUUAAUGAGAAAGCAUCGAAUCAAUAUGAAUUUAAUUUACGAUCACGAUCCUGUAAUGUUCAUGAACAAUCUCGAUCAAUUUGUUCAUCAAGUGAAUUCAUCAACGUUAAUUAAUUUAUUCUUAGCCGAUUUAAAUGAGCAAAAUGUUACAAAAACAAUGUAUCAUUUUAUGUAUAUAAGCGAUAGAAAGAAUACCGAAUCGGGUUGUAAAGUUGACUUAAUUUGCGACGCUUUAAGAGGGAAAAUGACAAAAAUAGACUUUGACAAAUUUCUCUUAUCAAUAUUAACAACGUUUAUUAAGAAGAGUAAAAGGGAAGUUGAAAAGGCUUUAUUACUUAUUAAGAGGCUACAAGACGAGGGCGAUAAAAGUAGAGCGGAGCAAGCUUUGAAGCAUCUGCUGUUCUUAGUUGAUGUGAACGAAUUAUAUGAUGUUGCCUUGGGAUUAUAUGAUUUUCAGCUUGUGCUUAAAGUCGCCGAAAAGUCGCAAAAAGAUCCGAAAGAGUACAUACCAUUUUUAAAGGAACUGCAACAACUGGAUGAAGUCUAUCGUCGCUUUGUAAUAAAUAAACACUUGAAGCGUCAUAAAGAGGCACUUCCGUACAUUUGUCAGUGUAUAGAUAAGUUUGAAGAGUGUCUGGAAUUCAUCAGUGAGCAUUCUCUCUAUGCCGAAGCUUUGCGGUAUUUCAAAGCCGGGAGCAAAGAAUUCGAAAAUGUAUGCUUGCGGUACGGAAAGUACUUGUUCGAAAAGAAGAAAUAUGAUCAAGCUGGUCUGAUAUAUGUAAAGGGUGGCCAUUAUGAAGAUUCUAUUAUAGCUUAUGAAAAAUGUUCCCUGUGGCGAGAGGCCAUUUCAUCGGCGACCAAAUCUGGCUACAACCCCCAAGAGAUGGCGUUACUCUCAAGACGUUUAUCGGAAACGCUAAAAAAACAGAGGAAAUUUAUUGAAGCUGCCAUCCUUAUAGAACAGUACGCAGGCGAUUGCGAAGGUGCCAUCGAAGUGUUGAUAGAAGGAAGAUGUUGGCAGGAAGCGACCAGAAUUAUGCACAAGCACAAUCGAUUAGACUUCAUACAAACGCACCUCAACGACGCCGUAUUGGAAGCGUUUAGAUCGAUAAAUUCUACUCUCGAUGAUUUACGGUCGAAUUUCGAACGCAAUUUGAACAGACUGUGUGUUGUUCGGGAAGAAAAAAAAAAGAGGGCGGCUGAAUUAUUAUAUGAUGAGGAGGACGUCGGUAACGCCGACGUCUACUCAGAUACUAGUAGUGUUAUGACGGGGUCCGUUACUAGCGGAGGGACACGUUCCAGUGGAAAAUCGACCCGUAGCAGAAAAAAGAAAGAAAGGAAAUUAUGGAGUUUAAGAGAAGGCUCGGUUUAUGAGCACGCAGCGUUGGUCGACGCUUUAAGAUCGAUUUAUUCCGAAGCGAUCGAAUAUAAAACGGACGUGACCGAUUUGCUGCGAAUACUUUUCUCUACGGAUAUGCUAGAUGAGGCUAGAAACGUAAGCGCUAAAUACGGUGGCCUAUUAGAUAUACUAGCUUUGUCCAUAAGCGUUAUCUGGAAUGUGGAAUUUUGCUUGGAAGCAUCUAAUUUUGAAGAUGAACGACACAUUCGGGAAUUUUGUGCAUUAAAAGUUGCACCUGACAUUGCGGCUUAUAAAGAUAUGUCGUGGCAGAUAGAAAUAAUGUAG